AUGGGCCUGUCUUCUUUUUGUAGGUAUAAAGGCUUCAUCAAAGAUUGUCCCAGUGGCCAGUUGGAUGCUGCCGGUUUUCAGAAGAUUUACAAACAGUUCUUCCCCUUUGGAGACCCAACUAAAUUUGCCACAUUUGUCUUCAAUGUUUUUGAUGAGAACAAAGAUGGACGGAUUGAGUUUUCAGAAUUUAUCCAGGCCUUAUCUGUCACUUCACGUGGGACCCUGGAUGAGAAGCUGAGAUGGGCAUUUAAACUGUAUGACUUGGACAAUGACGGCUACAUCACACGAAACGAGAUGCUGGAUAUUGUGGAUGCAAUUUACCAGAUGGUGGGUAACACAGUGGAGCUUCCAGAGGAGGAAAACACUCCAGAGAAGAGGGUGGACCGGAUUUUUGCAAUGAUGGACAAGAACUCCGAUGGUAAACUGACUCUGCAGGAAUUUCAAGAAGGAUCAAAGGCAGACCCCUCGAUUGUGCAGGCACUAUCUCUAUAUGAUGGAUUGGUAUAG